UUUCUUAUGUACUGAAACCCUAGACUACUCCCCGCCUCCAAAACUUCCUCGAAAACUUCUCACUCAAAACCCUCGUUCUGUGCUAUAAAUUCACCUAGAACUCUUCCUCUUCGAAGUUCUUCUAUGUAUAUCGCUGGCUGUUGGACAGCUCGUAAAUUUCUGGGCUGGCAAGAAAGUAUAAUCUUGAAGAUGCCCAGAUGCUCGUGCAAAAACUACACCAGUACCAAUUAGAAGGCUCGAAUUCCUUUUUAUUUUUUAGUUUAAUUUCGGCUACGAUUAAUUGGUUAUCUGCGCUUCUGAGAUUUAUGAUACUUGAAGUAUGAACUUGAAUAAUGGUUGAAUUUCUUGAUAUUGAGUUGAAACUUAAUUUAUUUUAUAUUUUUGUUUUAAAUUUUUGGAAUUUGAAUUUUCUCUUGAAUUUCUGUGGGCAGGGAUGACUAUUUUACAGCUUUUUAAUGCCAGUUCUGCUUCAGAAAAUUCUUGAUUGAUAAAGCUGUUUAUUUCUGAGCCAAUUUUUAUUAGUCAUGCUACAUGUAUAUCAUAUUUGACAUUUUUGUUUACAUGGUAAUACAUCAUUGGACAGUUUAAAAGAAAACGUCUCUUCGGCCACAAUUUUUUUGAAAACAUGGAUGAUGUUAUCAUCAAUUCAAAGAAAAAUCUGUACAAACAGCAUUAUUCAAAAUUAUAACUUGAGAAAGUAAACGAGAAUUCAAUUGAUAUAAAAAUUGAAUAAUGCUCUGCACAGCUUUUCCAUCCUUUUUGUUUCCAAAAAAAAAUUGUGGACAGGAAAAUAGUCUUUUUUAUUUUUUUAAUUGUCCUGUUGUCAUGUGACACAAUGUAAACAAAGAUACUAAAGAAUGUACAUGUAGCAGGAUUGUAUAAUUUUUAUCUAACUUUGUGUAUUUCAUUAAUAAAUCGUGCUUAUAACUGAUUUAAUUAUUAUUUUUUGGUUCAAAAUCGCUUGUUGAAUCAGCUUUAUCUUUCAUUCAAAUUUUGAAUAAUAAUAAUAAUAAUAAUAAUAAUAAAUUGUUUUCUGUUGGAGGCUAGAAAUUAUCUUAUAUAUAGUCCAUGAUGAGUUAAUCUACAUAACUGAGAUGUGGCUGGCUUCAAGUCCCUGUUUUUCAGGGAGAACCUACUUGUGGCUGCUACAUCAUAGCAUGAAAUCACUGGAAAUCUCUGAGACUAUAUUAUCUACCAAAAGAGGGAGAACCUACUUGAGGAUGCUACAUCAAAGCAUGAAAUCAGUGGAAAUCUCUGAGGCUAUAAACUCUUCUAAAGAAGUGGAACCUGCUUGGUGGAGCUACGCUAGACGUGAUCAAAGCUUAUCUACUGAGGCAAAGAGGAAUUCUAUAUGUCCUGGUAUUUUUUUCACCCAGAAAAUAACUAUUUCCCUCAAAUGUAUUUCAAGAAACUUAAGAGUACUGUUUUUUUAUUGAUCUUUA